AUGACAGAAUAUGCUCCAUUACCUUCAAAUGAACUAAUAUCAUCAGUCCAUACGUUUGACUUCCUUCAAUCUUCAUUAAAAUCACCAAAUUCAAAUGUUAAAUCAAUGUUUAUUUUAUCAUUCAAAUUUAGUUCAAAACAAAUUAUAAAUGGAUGGGAACAACAAGAUUCAAAUGUUACCAAGAUUAAAAUUGAAGAUGGUACAAAAUAUUUGAAAAUUGCUGUGAAUUUAAUUCAAUCAAGUUUAGAUUUAACUAAUGAACUUGAAUUAAUUAGAUUAAGAUUUGAAUUAACAAAAGAAUUAUUUAUUUUACCUGAUUUGGAGAAGGAUAUUGGUAUUUUAGUUAUUUUAGAUAAACAAGAUUCAUAA